AAACCCAACCUGUCGUUCUCAGCCCUGCCAACCUGUCAGUCCAGCCAUGCAAGGAGAGAGAGACAGAGCCAGAGAAAGGAGGGAGUGAAGCAGAGAUCCUUUGAAACCUCAGCAGGACAUUCAGAUUUCCAAUGAACAAAGCAAACAACCCCUGGGACCUUCUGUAAGCUGAGGCAGAGAUGAGGAAGAUGAAUGACCAAAGUGGCUGCUACAGGCCCGUAAAUAUCCAGGGGAACAAAGUCAGCUACCGCGGCAGCUGCAGGGACAGCGCGGAAAAGGAGGUGAAAAGGCUGCAGAGGAGAUUCCUGCACAAGGAUGGCAGCUGCAACGUCUACUUCAAACACAUCUUCGGGGAGUGGGAGAGCUACGUGGUGGACAUUUUCACCACGCUGGUGGACAUCAAGUGGCGCCACAUGUUUGUGAUUUUCUCCCUGUCCUAUGUGCUCUCGUGGCUGUUCUUCGGCCUGGCGUUCUGGCUGAUUGCCGUCCAGCACGGGGACGUGUUCAGCGAUGAGGAGGAGGCCACCCCCUGUGUGGCGAACGUGCACAGCUUCACAGGAGCCUUCCUGUUCUCCCUGGAGACCCAGACCACCAUCGGGUACGGCUAUCGCUGUGUGACCGAGGAGUGCUCGCUCGCCAUCCUCAUGGUGAUCCUGCAGUCGGUGCUGAGCUGCAUCAUCGACACCUUCAUCAUUGGGGCGGCCUUGGCCAAGAUGGCCACGGCCCGCAAGAGGGCCCAGACCAUCCGUUUCAGCUACUACGCCGUGGUCGGGCUGAGGGAUGACAAAUUCUGCCUGAUGUGGCGCAUCGGGGACUUCCGGCCCAACCACAUGGUGGAGGGCUCGGUGCGCGCGCAGCUGCUGCGCUACAGGGAGGACAAGGAGGGCAGGAUGACCAUGGAGUACCGCGACCUGAAGCUGCUCAACGACCAGAUCAUCCUGGUCACACCCGUCACCGUCGUCCACGAGAUCGACAGCGACAGCCCUUUGUACGGCCUGGACCGCAAAGCUCUGGCCAAGGACAACUUUGAGAUCUUGGUGACGUUCGUCUACACGGGCGACUCCACGGGCACCUCCCACCAGUCGCGCAGCUCCUACGUGCCCAGGGAGAUCCUGUGGGGCCACAGGUUCAACGACGUGCUGCACGUCAAGAAGAAGUACUACAAGGUGGACUGCUUGCAGUUUGAGGAGACCACAGAGGUGUACGCCCCUCACUGCAGCGCCAUGCAGCUGGAGCAGAAGGAGCAGGAGUGGAACCGCGCCGAGAAGACGCGGGAGAAGCAAGCGGAGAAGUCAGCCCUGGAGAUCAAGUACAGCCAAAAGUCCCUCAGCGCUGUUGCCCUCGUCACCAGCUGUGAGGAGCCUGAGGAGCCGGUGACAGCUCCCAGCCAGCCUCCUGGAGAUGUUUCCUACAGGAAAGCAGCUGUGACCUUAAACAGGCUCUCCAUAGAGUCCCAAAUCUGACUUUUGCUGCCCUUGGAACCCCUCCCAACAAACUGUCCCCUCAUAGCUCCUUGGAUGCAAACAAUGAACUUGUGUGCAGCAGUAUUUGUGUCCCAGACCUCGCUGCCAGUGUGCCCACACUGUCACACAUUGUCACACCCUGUCACACCCUGCUGGGCUGCCAGGGACAGCCGUGGGCACAAGGGAGCAGCUUCCACUUGGGAUGCCCAGAGAGCCCCUCGAGCAAACCCUCUGUGAACUUUCUUCACAGGACUGGCCGCGUCCAGGGACACAGAAUGACCUUGGCAGGGCACACAAACCAUGCCCUGGGUCUUCAUUGGUUUGGAAAGUCCAUUCCCAGUCCCUCCAGGAGGUUCUGAAGCUCCAUUAUCCCAACAAACGAUUCCUCAAGUGUAGGAAUCCUAGAGCUUCUCUGAGGAAUCUACGGGGCUGGUUUUUGUAAGACAAGGGAAUAAGUGAUGCCCCAGGGACAGCUGUGGGCACAAGGGAGCAGCUUCCACUUGGGAUGCCCACAGAGCCCCUCGAGCAAACCCUCUUUGAACUUUCCUCCCUGCAGGGACCAGGGCUGGCUGUGCCCAGAAUGACCUCGGCAGGGCACACAAACCAUGCCCUGGGCUCUCUGGGUAGGGAUUUCAAAGCUGCCUCAUUGGUUUGGAAGGUCCAUUCCCAGGAGGUUCUGAGCUCCAUUAUCCCAACAAAUGAUUCCUCAAGUGUAGGAAUCCUAGAGCUUCUCUGAGAAAUCUACUGUUUUUUUGUAGGACAAGGGAAUAAGUGACCCCAGUGUUCCUGGGUGGCUUUGGACACGUGUUCACACCCUGCCCAUCCUGUGGGAUCCACAAUAAAAUCCUGGAGAGAUUUCAUUCCCUAAUCAUGAGCCAUUCCUUGAGGCGCUGCUCCCUCAGCAGCUGGAGGGAUGCAGGAGGUCAGGAAAAAAAAAAAAAAAUCAAAACAAAACCUUCAGUUUUAAAUCAGCAAAAUCAGGUUGAGCCUUGAGGAGAAGAUCAUGCCUGGAGUGAGCUGUGCAAUAUUUUAUACCAAAUCCUCUUUCAUUUCAUUUCAUUUCGCUUUUCUUUUUAGUGUAUUGCACUUCCUUGCAAAGACAAGGAUCAGUCUGGACAACAAAAGGGUGAUUUUGACAAAAUGAAAAAGGCUUGUCUCAGUUGGCUAUGUGAAAAUGAUCCUUCAUGGAGAAAUCCAGCAACUCCUCUGUGGGCUCAAACUGGGAAAAAAAGGAAAACGCUCUGAAGGUGUCUGUGACGUGGAAGUUCCUGCUCUGCACAUCUCUGUAAUUAUCCAGUGAGCAAUGCCUCAUCAUGCUUUUUGCCCCCUGAUGAUUGCAGUUCAUUUGCAUUGUGUUUAAUUAACCUGCAAACGUAAAAUAAUCAUAUUGGGGCUUGGGAGGUUGGUCUCACCUGCUCUUAACAGCCAAGAAAUUCAGUGUUUGGCUGCUCUCUGUGGUUACUGGGGCUCUCCUGUCUCCACAGGGGAGUUCACUCCUCCUUCCCCAGGUUUUUGGGGAGCUGAGGGCAGCAGGAUGAGUUUUUCCUGGAAGUGUUCAUCCCUCUCCAUUUAUUGCUGAAGGAGAUGAAACGGCUGCUGUGGAAAUGCUGGCUAACUUUAGGCUGCUAAAAUUAGCUCUGACGAGUCACUCACAUCACUCUGACUAAUUAAUUGGGCUUUUAUGAGCUCAUCACGUUUAAUGAAGAAAAAAUAGCCUGCUAAGUGUUUUGUUGGGUUUUUUUUUCCCCUGCAAUUUACUCCAUGUAGUAGUAGGAUUGCUGGAUUAUUUUAAUGUAUUUCUCUUUUGCUAGCACUUGUCUCUGGAUAAAUAUGAUCCCUUUAGGUAAAACUGAAGCCUGGGGGGUGUUAGUUAUUCCAAAAGUCAUUAAUUAGCCUCUUUUAUGUGCUGAUUCAUCAGCAGCAACCACUUAUAAGUGCAGUAAAAACCAACUUCUUGUAUCCUGGAUUUAAACACUGGCAGACAUGGGGGAAAUAGUCUAGAAAAAAAUGGGAAGGAAUGUAGGAAAAUGUAGGAAAAUGUGGAAGGGUCUCAGUACUUUUCUGUGGUGUUGGAAAAAAAGCACCAUUGGGAUUGAAUAAAAUAGAAUAUCACCUUCCAGACAUGGGAAUUAACCCUUCCACUGCCCUCAGAUCCUGACUGGGAUGCUUUUAUUGAAUGGUUUCCCCUUUUUGGGAAAGAUGGGGAGCAAUUGCUCCUUCCCAAGGUGCCAAUUGUGACCAAAAUGUCCCCAAUUCCUUCCCAAGGUGCCAAUUGUGACCAAAAUGUCCCCAGUUCCUUCCCAAGGUGCCAAUUCCAGGUGCAGCUCCCCCUGUGAAGCUCAGGAGCUCAGCUCCCUUCUCCUCCCCAAGUUCUCUUCCCUGUGAGCCUCUGGAAAAUAAAAUUCUUCCUUUGGAAUGGCUUUGCUGGAAGUGGAAGCACCAGGAUCCUGAUUUAGGGAUUUGUCCCGUGUGUUUUGGCACAGAGAGAUACAAAUAAUAAAUACAAACACAUGAGUGGGGCUGGUAAGGUGUGCCUGGGUCAGGAAGAAACUUUUCUCCCAGACAUGUAAUUCAUAAAAAACCAUUUUAUAUCUUCUUCCACUUUUAUCUCCAGCCUCUGAUCCCAGCCCAUGCUGCUCUCAACCAGCUUGCCUUUUUUUUUGUUUGUUUGUUACUUUAAUUUCAUUUAUCCCACUACAAACACAAUGUAUAAUAAUGAUGAAUA